AUGAAAGACAUCUCCAAGUUGAAAUCCGAAGAAGUCGUGAGAUCGUAUAUAAGCUACUCGCUGAAGAACAAAGCCACAAAUUGGUAUGACUCCGAACUUACUGACUUCGAAAAAGACGCCCUCCGCAUCCUCCCACUGGAAGACGGAUGGGAAAACAUCGAACUAUCCCUCCGUGGCGUGGUGUUGAACCCGGAUACCACUAUAACGUUGGCCGCCUUCUUGAACACCUGGAUCUUAAAUUCCUUGACUGGCAAGACCAAGUGUUCCUUCGAGACCAACGUGUCUAAGCCCGAACGCGCAGCAAAACGCCCAAAACUGGACAUCCUAUCAAUUUAG